UAUCUGGAUAGUUUUCUUCUUCACUUCUGGCCUUCUAGCGUGUCUCUACAUGGUUCCUAUGCAGAGGGACGUAACACUCUGUUGGCUCAGGUGAAAGGUUCUCGAAGGAACAGCAGUGGUCUUCAGUUUACAGUGUCAGGGAAACUGAGGCAUUCAGUGACUAACCUCGCUAUUCUGCCCUCCAUCCUGGGGUUAGAUGUCAUAUUGGGACUGUCUGACGCCAUUACUGAAGGGCAAGUCAGAGUCAGAGUGGAGGAGACUUUUUACAGCAUGGAUCUGAGGCAUCAGGAGGAAAAGGAAGAAUUUCUUGACCAGAAAUUGUCUCCCACCCGUAGCUGGAUGUGUGUUCUGUCAGGGGCUGAGAAUGUCUGUGUGAAUGUGAGUAGGCAAUUGGAGAAAAAAGGGGUGGGUGAGGUCCACAUCCAGCUGUCUCACGUGUCCCGAUUACUCAAUGCCACAGGUCUACCGCCGAGUAGUAGUGCCCAUGUGAGUUGGGACCAAGAUGAAAGUAGAUUGUCAGCCUUUGUAGAAUUGCAGGCUGGACCUGAGCAUUUAAAAGGUGAGUUGAACGGUGGCAGGACAAGCCGACUUGUCCCACGCUGGGAAAUCCUCUCGGCAUUGCGGCACAAAGUCGAAGCACUACAGAGACGAGGCUUACCAAACUCCAUGCAAGUCAAAGCGCAUUGUGAGAUAAAUUCCACUGGGGUAGAUGGCAGGCUGGCAUUUGAAAUGGAAGAGAUGAAAAUGAUUGACGCCCUUUUAGUUGUUGGAACAAAAAAUAACACAGCUGUAUUCAUAGCAUCCGCGUGGCAGCAGAUAAAGCUGCUGCAAGGGAUCAUACCUGCCAUGUCGCAGAUGAACUGCACAGGGGACACAGCUGCAGACCAUUUCUCUGCGCAGUGCUACGGAGACGUGGCAGGGCGCCCAGUGGAGGUGCUCCUACCCUCACAGGCAUCAAUGAACAUCUCCAUCAACUCUUCUGGUUCCUCUACAAAUGUCCGCGUUGAUCUCCUUGCCCAAAAUAAGCAGAGAGGCGGAUUUACGUUGUCGCUUGCGUUUCAGCCUAGUCUAAGUUUGAACGCAUCAGUCCGGCACUCUAUCGAGACAUUACAAGCGUUGGGGUUCCCUUCUAAUGGCGCACUGGUCAUCAGUGUCUUAGCUACACAUUUGCCUCUUGUAAAGGUUGGCCUGGACAUUGGAAACUGUCACUUCAGCGGCCUUUUGGAUAAAGGCAAAUCUUCAGAAGCAGAGAGCAAUGGAUUUUCUUAUAGUGUAAAUGUGGCCAACUACUGCCCUGCCUUGCAGGGGACAAUCAUUCCUGUGAUCUUGGUUCUUCGGGGGUCUUUGUCAGGGGUUCCAUGCGGCCGUAUGAUCAGCUCUUCUCUGAAGGCAGACAACCAGGAGCUCGCGUUUGAGCUACGCGAGUCCUGCCGCUCCCCACAUCUCUCUGCAAGCCUUACACACUCUUUCUCAGGGUUGAGGAGCCGAGGUGUUCCCAAUAUGGUCUUCAUUGAGGCCACUGCUCCAGGAAGCACUGAGCGGACUGGGACUCUGUUCCUAAAAGCUGGAGCCUGUCAAAUAAGAUUUGUUGAGGACCAAGACAGGGUGCGGCAGUUCUGGGCUCUGCAAUCAGGUUGCCCAACAUUGCAAGCUCAGUUGAAUGGAUCAGCGUGGCGGGAUAACGAAGGCAAAUGGGCAGCCGUGGUGGACGCAAGCGUGGACGGCAAAAGGUGUUUCCUGCAGCUUGUUGUGCAGCCAUGGCCAGAGUUAAGUGUGGAGGGUGAGCUCAGGCAUAAACUUCCCGCUCUGGGAAAUUUCCCUGAACUCAGCAAAGUGAGGGUAACAGGCAAACUCGGCAAACAACAAUAUGCCACAGAGGCUCUGGUUCUACUUGAUGAAUGUGCUGUGAGAGCCAGAGGAUUUGUGAUGUCACGUUCUGGCCUUCAGGGGUCACUUGUGUAUCACAACAACUGCAGUGUCAUUCAGGAGUGGGGUAGUCCGGACAUGAUGCAGGCCUCUGGGUCCUUGACUAUCACCCCAGUUCAUGCUGAAUCUCAAAUCUCCAUGGCGAUCGACAAGGCUGAGUUACAUUCAUUAGUUGCUCUGAAGAAAACCAAGGCACAAAAUGAGGUAUUACUUAAUUUCAACCACUCCGUGCCCCUGUUAAAGAAACUCGGUCUUACAACUCACACGGAAAUAUUACUGAGUUCUGGGAAUCAUGGCAAUCAAUCGUAUUAUUACAGGAUGUACUGCAGAGCACAGAACGAAAAGUUCAACCAAGAGAUGACCGUGGAGAAAGCAUUUCAGACAGUUAUUGUGAAGAGUCAUUUCAGACAUACACUGAGCCGCCUGAAUUCAAUGGGCCUCCCUGGCAACAGCAGCAUGCAGCUGGAAAUUGGGUCCUCUGAAGGGAAGGCCCUAACCGUGAAGCUCCAAUCUGGGCAUUUGCAAGCAGGACUAAGACUAGAUCUUAAAUAUUUUCCCAUGACCAAAGAGAUAAGAGCAAUCAUGUGGCACAGUUUCCCGUGGCUACAGCAAAGAGGGAUACCGCACAAUAUCGAGGGCUUAUGUUCCACACAAGGGAUGUCGUCCCAGCUCCAGUCCAGGGCUCAGGUUACUUUAGACGGGCACAAGCUGCUGGACUCGGGCGUGAAUGUGAGCUCGGUUGACGGACGUUUGGGUGUACUUCUCUCCUACUCUCCCUCACCUUCAAAUCAAACGUGGAAGCACUUCAGUCUCAAUACUGCGGUGACUGUGCACUAUAAAGGUCCUUUAAGGAGCAUCUCAGUGCACGCUCAUAAUCAAGACUGGCGGCUUCGCUUGGUCGCAGACGUUGCAGGGUGGGGGCUCCAGGGAGUGUCCAAAGAGGGCCGAGUUACUCUCAAGCACAUCCAAGCUGGCGACUCCAGUCCUGCCUUGCAAGUUGAGGCGUGGGGAAGACUCUCUGGGUCACAGUUGAAGUCCUCCAUGGCACUGAACCCUGAACUCGCAUCCUCACUUGCAAUCAUCAUCCAAGGGCACCAUCUGCCCAACAGCAAGGACCUGCUAGUCAAGGUGGUCCAGAGUAUUCCCAAGAUGCAGAUCUACUUGCCAUCACAACUCAAUUUCCACUCACAGUUGAACCAAAGCCAGUCCGGCAUGGGGGGUUUGGUCGAGCUGUUGUCCGGCAAAAGGCGUCUGUGGAGCUUUGGGGAGUUGGCGGUGAUUGACGGUGGAUACAGACAAUCUCUCGAGCUCAAACACUCGUACCCUCAGUUGAAUCUGCUGCCAAGGAAUGUUGCGGUGAAGACCGUGUAUGAAGCCAGGAACUGGAGUUACCUCGUGCAACACGGAGCCUUGUGGGGAAAGCAGGAGUUGAGUUUGUCGGGGCUCUACACGGCACCUCCGUCACUGCAGAUCGGGAAUCAAACCCUAAAAGUUCAGAUGAAGUGGCGGCCUCGUUUGACCAGUUUGGAGGUCGCACUAGAGCGCUCCCUCCAAGGUUGUCUGGACAGCGUUUCCUUAGGUUGGAUGAAAAACGGUCGACUGGAGCAGGUCAGAGCUCUCAGCUUGCGGAGUCGAUCCCGGGAGAUGAAUGAGACCAAGUUGGAGCUGAACCAGCCCUUUUCUUCAUUAUUUAGCCAGCUUUCACUUCACACACUCUCACACGGCUCUGAGAAAGAGCGGCGCAGCUUCCAGCAGACCCAGCUGUCUUGGCUCAGCGGAUUGCCGGUCAACAUCUCCAUCAGCCUAAACAAACGAUGGCAGCUCAACUCCAGCAGGGGGCAGGCCUGUGCUCACUUGUCAACCCAAACGAUAGUGGCAUCUCCUGUGAAAGGUUGUGUCUCAGUCAGCCAGGAAGGAAAUUUGCUCACCCAAAAUGCUGAGCUAAGAUGGGACAACAGGAGUGUAAAACAAGGCAUGAAGUAUCAGAAAGGUGCACGAGGAAUGCACAGCCUCCACAUGAAUAUCGGCCUGGACAAAGUGUCGCCUGCGCCAUGUCCCUCACAUUCCGUCUUAACGAAAAUCCAAACCAACCUCAAAGAUCGCUUUGAAUACACGGUUUUGCUGGCCCUCUGCCCGCCACAGCCCACUCUAUCGUGGUCAGGAUCUCACAGGCUGAACUCUGGAGAGGAGCUGUUUUAUACCCAGUCUCGUCUGUCGGUAACAGGACGCCCCAACCUCUGCAGCCUCACGCUCACCUUGACCAACUCAUCGACUGUUGAGCGCACCAACGUGACUCUCUUUACUGAGGUGCAGACUGGGUCUAGGAUGGGGAACUGGAGUGUGGAGGUAGGAGCCAGUGCUUUGUCAUGGCUCCAGGGGUCUGCUGUUCUUGUACGCACAAGAUUGGACCACAGAGAUGAGAUGUGGUUCAAUGGCACACUGGAGGGAAGAUGUCUCCAGACCACUGCAGGCUAUAAAAACGGUACUGGCCUGAGUGAGAAUGUUUCUGUGGGGGCGUGUUUGGGGACAAGUCGCAAUCUGAUGCUGGCGGUACAAAAAAGAGAUGGCAGCAGCCAGCCCGAAAAUUUAGGAAGUCUGUCUGCAGGAGCAGCCAAUCGGAGGCUCACGCUGACAGCAAGUGGCUGUGUGGAGAGUCUGACUGCAGUGGAGGCACGGAUUCAAGCUGUCGGCUCUCAGGUCAGACGCAAGCUUUUGGAGAGGAUCCAGACAAUGAAAUAUCUCCUUGCUGAAUUCAGACAACAGUCCAGAGACAGCGAGUUGCUCCAAGACGUGAGUGCCGUGGCUCUGCUUAUCGUCCAGCAAGCAGAGUCUCUGUUGGGACACAGAGGCAAGAGUUUGUUGGCUCUGUGGCACAGUAGCUCCCUUCGGCACAUUGUCACUACGAGCCUGCCUCGAUAUCUUCACCUUUUACAGCACACCUCGCUACUGGGACAGUUGGAGCUGAGGAAGCCGCUGGCCACUCUCGCAGGUGUGUACCAGGAUGUGAAAGGACAGCGGCUGGAGGCUGUGUGGAGGGAGGCUGUUGUUUUGUGGACCGACAAACUUCUGAAGGCCGCCCCUGCUUUGCGGGAGAGUCCUCAGCUCAGGCCGCUAGCUCGAGGAAGCAUGGCUACGCUCAGCCGUGCCAUGGAUUUGGCAGGCCAGCACACGUACCACUGGAUAGAAAGCAAACUGGCAGUGGCUUUUUCCGGACUCCGGAAACAACUGGCUUCACUUUAUCGAUACUCGCCCAGUGAGUGUUCUGUGGCUGCGUCUAUGUCACUUCCCCCGCUGCGUUGGACCCGUGUGGCUGAGGCCGGUCUGGUGGGGAUCCUUUUAGAAGAGUGGCUCCUCAAGCCCCUGCAAAGCCUCGCCUCCAUUAGACCCACUGCUGAACUUUACCGCCUCAAGAGGAAGAUCAUGGACAGUCCGUUUAUUCACCAAGCUUUGCUGGUGGCAGAUCAGUUUGUAGUCACGUUCAAUGGCCAUCUUUAUGAGCUGCCACCUUCCUGCCCACUUCUUCUGGCCCAAGAUAUUAGUUCCCAGCCCUCAUUCACACUUGUGCUCAAUUCACACCCACACAACCUCCUCCUGCUGCGGUUGAAUAACAGUACUGUCAGGAUUCAGCGCAGCGGAGAGGUAAAUGUUCAGUGCAACAAAACCGUGACACACAUGUGGCGGAGUGAUGGCGGCGUCAUCGUCCGUAAGGGAUCACGCAUUGUGCAGGUAUCCAGUCGCAAUGGCGUGUCGGUCUCAUGUGACCUGAGAAUUGAGGUGUGCAGCUUGACUCUCGACGGAUGGUUGCAUGGCAAGUCGACGGGUCUGUUGGGGACCAAUGACAAUGAAGCGGGGAAUGACUCACCUUUGCGUGAUGGUUCCCAAGCUGAAAACAUGAAGGACUUCAUCAACAGCUGGCAGGUGAAUUCUCAUUGUGCAAGACCAACAGCUGAAAGGCAAUUUGUAGCCACCAGGGCAGUCACAUGUGAAUUUUUGUUCUCCUCUGCUGAUUCUCCUCUCAGUUCCUGUUUCGGGGUGGUGGAUCCUGGUCAGUUCUCCUUGGUAUGCGAGUCGAGCUCCUCCACCGCUCCCUGUCGAUUAGUGUCUGCUUUUGUUCAUCUGUGCCAACACAACUACAUACCCCUUGAAAUCCCCGCCCAGUGUGUGCAAGGGUAAAGAUGGCCACAUUUCGGAGGGGCCAAAAUGAGACUUUCAUGCCUCAUGAGCUGCUGCACCCUUUCUUGACGCUUGUGUGAUUUGAAACAGACAGACACGGUCACAAUGUGAAUAUUUUAAAAAUAGCAAUCUGUUUAUUGGCAGAGUUCUUUUUUUUCUUCUUCUUUUGUUGUACAAUGAAGAUAAUCAGUGAGUGACUUCGGUGUAAUUCAACUGUAACCUGUUUCGUGUGCAUUUAUUAAAUCCUGCUGCUUUCAGUG